GUGUGUCAGCACCUGCACCAAGCGUUGCAUAUCCGUCAAAAUUGCUCGCGGGGCGAUUUUGAUGGCCGAAUGCAGUGCACAUGUGUGUUAUGUGAAUGGUCAAUGGAGUCAAUGUUUGUGUCUGUGAAGGUGAAACGCAUGAAUGCAUCACGUACAUGACGUACGCAACGCACCCAAAAAAGGACUGCCGAGAUUGCCUAGAUGUUUUAUACCGGAGUCAUUGAGUUAUCCUAGGCUGGACUGGCUGAAGUACUUCCAAUCUCUACCCCUUCCACAGUUACAUAUUCACGAGAUGUUGAGGUUGUGGAAGGCAUACACAAGGUUUCUUGAGGCACACCCUUUUAAAGCCCAGGCUGCUAACACAUGUCUUUUGAUGGGCCUUGGUGAUGCCAUCUGCCAGCAGGCCAUUGAGAAGGCGGGGCUCAAGAAACAUGAUGUCAUUCGCACCGUCAGACAGGCCUCCUUUGGACUCGUCAUUGGUGGUCCACUGUUAUUCGCCUGGUACAGAACUCUAGACAAGGUGAUAAAGGGCACAGGUGUAAUCAAAGCACUGAAGAGUGUUGCAGUUGAUCAGAUGGUGAUGCCACCCAUAUUCUUGACGUUGUUUUACUCUGCGAUAGGGCUUACUUCUGGCCUGUCCCCUGCAGAGGUGGUAGACAAACUGAAGCAGAACAUGAAGCCGACAUUGAUUACAAAUUACAAGAUUUGGCCCGCUGCUCAAGUCAUCAAUUUUUACUUUGUCCCACUGCAGCACAGAGUCCUAACUGCCAACUUUGUGGCUCUGUUUUGGAAUAUUUACCUAAGCUGGAUGGCCAAUAAAGGACGAGGAUCAGACAAAAGAGAGACGAUCACACCUGAAACCUGACUGCGUGCUGAUUGGGCUGUUACCACUAUCCCUCCAAUGUGCUUGAAUGGGAUUUAUUUGGAAGGUUUUCAGACUGAGAAAAGAUUUUCAGGCAUAUAAAUGCAUUGUGAGCAGUACUUGAUACAGUAUUGAUCUUAUUUAUUAUGUUCGUGGUACUAUCCUAGUAACUUUUGAAGAAAUAGUUUGCUUAAUCUCAUAAAUGUUUUAAGCAUGGGAAAUAAACUGGUAAAAUAAGUGUUAAUUCAGGAGUCAAACUAACAUUCUGCUUUUACCUCACUUUCAUCAUCCAUUUUUAUUUGUUGUCACUAUUAAAUUGCUCCUUCUGAGAAAAAUAAUGUACUUGUAUUUUACCUCUUUAGAGUUCAACACAGGUGCCUAUAGUGUUGGAACAGUAUAAUACCGUGUAUUGUGCAAACAGAAAUAGCAAAUCGCACAAUAUAGACA